AUGCGCUCCUUUUCCCAUGGAUGCCGCCAUGGUCUCGUGCUCAUCUCCCUUCUCAAGCGUCACCAGGUCCUGGUCUGGGAUCCCGUCACCAGCGACCAGCACCGCAUCCCCUUUCCCGCGCCGUUCGAUACAGCCGUGGUCAACGCGGCGGUGCUUCGCGAUGCGGGAGACGCCCAGCACUUCCAGGUGGUCUUGGCAGUGGCAGGCACCGAUGCCGAACAUCAUAGACGAGCGCUCGCCUGUAUUUACUCGUCAAAGACCGGCUUAUGGGGGGAUCUCGUCUCAACACCCAUUCCAUACCAGGCUAAUGGGAACAGUAUUCCCACAUUGGUUUAUACCGAUGAUGCUGUUCUGGAUGGAGAUUCCCUUUACUGGAAGCUUGUGGGGAAUUUGAUUGGAAUUCUUGAGUUUGAUCUGAAGAAGCAGACCCUAGCUGUGAUACAGGUGCCAAUGGACAUCCUCAAAGGUAACAGCUUGCAGGUUAUGCGGGCCGAGGGUGGUGGGCUUGGUUUCCUCUUCGUGUCAGACUCGGAUUGCACCGCCCGGCUAUGGAAGAGGAAGACCAAUCGUCAUGGUUUCGCUUCAUGGGAGCUUGCAAGGAGUAUUGAUCUGGACAAGCUACUUUCCCUGGAACCAGAAGAGAAAGCCCCCCUAGUGAUACUAGGGUAUGCUGAACUGAAUAAUGUGGUGUUUCUGCAGACAGCUAUCGGCGUCUUAAUGGUCCAGCUUGAGUCACUGAAGUUCAAGAAGCUUUUUAAAACAAUGACCUUUUCUCGCUAUCAUCCAUUCGAAAGUGUCUACAGUGCAGGAGCAUGUAUUACUGGUGGACACGCCAGGGCUGAGCUUAUGCUCAAUGCGUAA